AGCAAGCCCUAAACCCUAAUGUGCAGUCUUUUUCGUACAGGCUUGGCGAGAGCUCGCCAUCGCCAACGCCGGACUUCAACUCCAAUAAGGGUUUUGGUGAGGUUCUAGGAACUAGCCAGCUAUUUUUCCUGCUUGGUGUAUCAGUUACGGUAAGCUUCUCUGUUGCUAUUGAAAGUCGGAAGCGAUGAGAUUGGAGAAGUGCUGGUUCUGUUCUUCUACCAUUUAUCCGGGCCACGGUAUCCAAUUCGUCAGAAAUGACGCAAAGAUAUUUAGGUUUUGCCGGUCGAAAUGCCACAAGAAUUUUAAGAUGAAACGGAAUCCUCGUAAGGUGAAGUGGACCAAAGCGUAUAGGAAGCUUCACGGCAAGGAACUCACGCAGGAUGCUACGUUUGAGUUUGAGAGGAGACGGAACAGGCCGGAGAGAUACAAUAGGGAAGUGGUUGAGCAGACGCUUAAGGCCAUGAAGAAAAUUGAUGAAGUGCGGGUACAGCGCGAGGCCAAGUUCUGGGAAAGCAGGAUGAAGGGCAAAAAGGCCAAGGAAAGGACUGAAGCAGCUAAGGAGCUGGAGCAGAACAUCCACUUGGUCAAGGCCCCAGGUGUCAUGAAAUCAGAACCUGGAUUUUCAUUACCUAAGCUUGCUGAGAAGACCAAGGUUAAGGUGUCCACCUCUAGUAAAGUUGAGAUGCAAGAGUAGGAGCCAGUAGUUUUAAACUGGUAUCAUUCUACACUCAGCCCAACCCCAGCAUAGUUCUGGAAUUCUGAUGAUCUGGGCAUCUUUACUGGUGGCAAACUAUCGGACCGCAGCCUCCGCUAGUAAGUGUCCAUCGAGCCUGUGCCAGCAUAGAAGAAGAAUUCCAUCAGUGACUACGUUUGAGUUAGCUCAAGCGAAACCUAGAACCAAGCAUUAAGUGUGGUUGGUCUAGGUAGGUUUUGAUCGUUUGUUUGACUGUCAGCAUAGUUCUAAUGAUGAAGAUUAUCAGAAGACGCAAAAGGUGGAUCAGAAAUCCUAGAAACAGAAGCUAUCGGGUUAUCUGCAUCCUGGCCACCCCAUGAUUUGCGUGUGCGGGAAUUUACCUAUGGUUGUGGACAUUCCAUUCUGUUCCCUUUUAGAGUUGCAGGUGGGUGUCGUGUGGUGUUUUAAGAUUUGUACUUGCAUGGUUUAAUUCAAAUUUUUGAUAGCUCUACCCGAGUUAUUUAACACUAAA